AAACGCAGCAGCCGACGAACGAAUUGUAGAUGCCCAACCAUGUGCACCACGACCUUCUAGUAGCGCCGCUCCGAUAGAAUAUAUUUUCAAGUCCGAUAGACUUGAACUCAACAUGGGACUCAAAAGGUUUCCAGUCAAGGUCCCUUGCUAUGGGAGACACGGUACGGUCUCAGGUACCGUGCUCGUAAAGGAUUUCAAGGCCGUCACCAAAGUUACGAUAACAUUGGAGGGCGGGUGCUAUACGAGCGUUAUGGAACGUGGAAUGGCCGUCUACAAUUCUACCAAGACACUCUUGCUCAAAACUCAAGUGCUAUGGACUCGUCCAGAAAGCGCGACGUGCUCACCAGAAGCACCUUCCACAUUCCCAUUCUCCUUUCCGCUGCCUACCUACAUUCAAGGCUCCGAUAUCCGGCUACCUCAUUCGUACGCCACUAUCCACCCUGGUUUGAAUGGAGAUGUUACCUAUCAAGUACGAGUGGAUUUGUACAGAAAGGGACUGCGUAGACACGAACGGUACGUGACGAAUAGCGUAUUGUCACCUCUGACGCGUAGUGCUGACUCGCCAUCCUCUAGGCUAAAGACCAUGAUACUCUAUCUGCCAAGAUCCACACCGACAGAUUGGAUCCCACAGCCCUCGGAUGAUACUGAAACUACUCGCGACUUUCUCUCUUGGGAGACAGUCCCCAUUCUCCCAAGACAUUCACAGGCGCUUGCCAAGGCGAAGCGGGCCAGUCAAAUCGUGGACGAGAAACCACUUGGGGAUCAGAUCAAUCUCAUCCUGCCCCUUCCUAAAACGUACGCUUCUUACGCUCCAAUACCCUUUCACGUUUCCCUUCCCGCCGAGUCUCCCUUACUCCCACAUAUCUCGACCGGUCUCUCUGUACACCUCAUCAAGUAUACCAUCAUCCGAGCUGGUGGAUUUAUCAGCAUGAAAGAGGGGAUCAUCGGCACCGGCGAGAUUUGGCGCAUCGAAGACCACUCUUACCCCACACCACCUCCAUCUCCUGGAGGGGAAGACGAAGAGAGGACGUUAGCAACUCCCCGCAAGGUCUAUAGCGGGACCUUGAAGAGCUUUAGGGAGGGUGGCGAGAGCAGUUGGAACAUUCCAGAAUACCUAGAAAUCAAGUACUCGAUCCGUCUGCGACUUCGCGCACCAGGUCAAGAUGGAAAGCACAUCCCAGACUACUAUGUAGACCACCCCAUCACAAUGUGCACACACAACUAUAUUCCCAACGCCGAUGACAUUCAUGAUCCAGUAAUUGGACUGAUCGCUGUGUCGGGUUCACAAGGGGCUCCGACGGGUCACAACGCGGGACUCGUGAACUCCGUACAAUAA